ACUAGAUAGAAUGGAGGGAAAUGUUCAACUUAUAUAGAAUAUGGAGAAGCAUGAUAUCAUGGGAUACGGCCUUACUAUUAGUCAGGGAGGGAAAAAGAAAAACCACGGCAGUCUCAUGGUGAAGACCACUAGGGGGAGGUUAAGCCCACUAGGGGGAGUACCUUAGAAAACCUUCAGAGAUGCCUAGCCAAUGAGGGUGGGCCUGCUGGGUAUAAAUAGAGGCACUCUGUCCGCUUAACAGACAUUCAGCUAUUUUCUCAUUCCCAGAACCAAACAACAUGACUGGUCGUGGCAAAGGAGGUAAAGGACUCGGCAAAGGAGGCGCUAAGCGUCAUCGCAAAGUUUUGCGUGACAACAUCCAGGGCAUCACCAAACCAGCCAUCCGUCGUCUUGCUCGUCGUGGCGGUGUUAAACGUAUUUCUGGUCUCAUCUACGAGGAGACCCGUGGUGUUCUGAAGGUGUUCCUUGAAAAUGUCAUUCGCGACGCUGUUACCUACACUGAACACGCCAAGAGGAAAACGGUGACGGCUAUGGAUGUUGUGUACGCUCUGAAACGCCAGGGUCGCACUCUGUACGGUUUCGGCGGCUAAACUUUCGACUCAUUGCUACUAAAUUAUCGGCCCUUUUCAGGGCCACCACUUACCUAAGGAAACAGAUUGCUUUUGCUUCUUAUAGUUUCUUAGGCAAAGAUAAAAUUUGCCAUAAAACAUUAACAUUAUAUUUUAUAAAAUUAAGUACUGAGGUGGGAGACGUAGAAAAAUUGAGUAAACUCUGGCAUAAGGUAAUUUUCAAUAUCUUCGCGACAGCUUAUGUUUACAAGAAAAGUAUCGUUACAAUGGAGGCAUAGACAGACUAUGCUUCAGGGGAUUAUUGACAUUGUCAAUGGAUCAUGCCUUAAUAUGUUACGCACACUAAACUCUUACGAAAUACUCCCAAAGGAGCGUAUACGUAAUACACUUACCUUUUCUUUGGGGUCGCGUAUGUUCCUUGAAUUUCACUGAAAAUCGUUUUCCUUGAAUCUUUCCGCAUUGUGGUGAGACCACGUACUCCUUAGGGAAUAC